AUGUCUUUACUUGAAGGCGGUGAUAGACGUCGUUAUAAUCUACCUUCACAUGAUGAAGUUGUAGUUGUAUUUGUUGGCGAAGAUGGUACUCCCCCAACUUCCAGGGAAGUUGUUAUUUACCCAAGAGGUCAUCCUUUAAAAAUUGUAUCAAGUAAGUCAGCCAACUUGGAUCCUAUGAUUAAUCCGCUAUUUUUUCCAAGAGGUGAUGCUGGUUGGCAUAAUCAAUUGGUGCAUAACCCUGAGCGUGCCACACUGCAAUAUGAUGUAGAUGCAUAUGUAAAAAUUGAAGGCCAGCGUCUUGCUUUUAUCAGAAAUAAUCAAAAUAAGCUGAGAAGCGAGCAGUACGAUGCCUUACAUGAACAUAUUAACAACAUUGCCAAUGAUCGUAAUAUUAGACCAGGACGAGUAGUAGUUUUGCCAUCAUCUUAUAAUGCGAAUGAUAGACCUGAUUUGGUUACUCGAGUAUUUAAACUCAAGUUAAAUAACCUCCUCAAUGAUAUAUUCAAACAUGGUGUAUUAGGCAAAGUUGUAACGCAUGUUCAGGUUAUUGAGUUUCAAAAGCAUGGUUUGCCGCAUGCCCACAUUUUACUUCAUUUAGCAAAUGAUGAUAAACUUGAAACAUCACAGGAUAUCGAUAAUUUGGUUUGUGCAGAAAUUCCAGAUCCGAUUGUUAAUUGUGAACUUUAUGAUAUUAUCAAAACUUGCAUGAUUCACGGCCCAUGUGGGAUACUGAAUCCAAAUUCUCCCUGCAUGAAAGAUGGGGUGUGCAGCAAAAAUUAUCCUAAAGAUUUUAAUGCCAACACAGUAGCUGUUCACAAUGGUUAUCCGCGCUAUAGGUGUCGUGAUAAUGGGUUGGUUAUCAAUAUUAAAGGCAACAAUGUAGAUAACCGUUGGAUGGUACCUUAUAAUUCUUGGUUAUCAAAGAAAUAUCAAGCCCACAUUAAUGUUGAAGCUUGCAUGCUUGUAAAGGCUGUUAAAUAUUUGUAUAAAUACAUAUACAAAGGGCAUGAUUGUGCGAAUGUUUUGAUAAAUGAACAGGUUAAUCACGAUGAAAUAAACACUUUCUUAGAUUGUCUUUAUGUUAGUGCACCUGAGGCACUGUGGCGAAUAUUUGAGUAUCCCAUAAGUCAUAUAUCACACUCUAUUAUCCGUCUUAAGGUUCAUCUUCCUGAGAAUCAGAUUGUGUAUUUUAGAGAAGGAGAAGAACAAGUGGCGUUAGAUCGUGCUGCUCAACGUGAUACACACCUUACGGCCUGGUUUAAAUUGAAUUCUGAAAAUGAAGGAGCCAAUCGCUACUCAUAUGUUGACAUUCCAUAUCACUUUGUAUUUGAUGAUAAACAUUGUAAAUGGAAAGUUAGACAAAGAGGUGGAAAUAAGGUGAUAGUAAGAAUGUAUAAAGUUAGUCCAACAGGAGAGUUAUUUUUUCUUAGAUUGUUACUUUUACAAGCAAAAAGAGCAAAAUCUUGGGAGGAUUUGCGUACUGUUAAUGGAAUAGUUCUUGAAACCUUUCGUGAAGUGUGUGUUUUUAAUGGUUUGUUGCAAGAUGACACUGAAUCGCAGAAUACUCUUUCUGAGGCAGUUUUAACGCGAAUGCCUAAGCAAAUCAGGCAGCUGUUUUCAAUUAUUUUAAUCUUUUGUGAACCUGAUGACCCUUUGCAUCUUUGGAAUUCAUACAAAGCUUUUAUGAUGGAGAAUUUCAUUCAUCGCCAAGUUCCAUUUAUAUUAGCUGAACAAGCUACUCUUCUUCAAAUCGAAAAGAUUAUUAAUAAAAGUGGUAAAACGCUAUCUGAUUAUAAUUUGCCUGUUGUUGAUGAAUUCAUAGAUUUUAAUCUAGAAAAUUUAAAUGAUAAUGUUCAGCAAUCAAUUGACGAAGCUAAUAGAAUGAGACCGCUUCUUAAUGUCAAUCAAUUAAAUGUAAGUAAUGCUGUCCUUGCUGCAUUGAACGAGCAACCAUGUGUAGAAAAUCAACAUUCUAGAUUGUUUUUUAUGGAUGGACCAGCCGGUAGUGGCAACACUUUUACAUAUAAUUAUUUGAUUGCUGAAACGAGAAGUAGGGGUGUUAAAUCUGCUACAGCUGCAUGGACUGGCAUAGCGGCAACUCUUCUUACAAAUGGAUCCAUGCUGCACGGCUUAUUUAAACUUCCUGUUUCAAUACUGGAUAACAGCACAUGUAAUGUGACUCCUAACUCUAUUCAGGGACAAUUUUUAAGGCAAGUUAGUUUGUUUAUGCUUGACGAGACAUCCAUGAUUCCCAAACACGCUUUAAAUGCAAUCGAUCGGUUGUUAAAAGAUGUUUGCAACAACAACUUUCCAUUUGGAGGAAAAGUCAUUUUUUUUGGUGGUGACUUUAGGCAAAUUUUGCCUGUUGUGAAAAGAGGGAGACCAGCUGAAGUUGUAGAAUCAUGUAUAAAAUGUUCUUUACAGUGGCAAUGGGUGCAGAAGUUUACAUUAACUGAAAAUAUGAGAGUACGUGAUGGAGAAGGAGAUUUUUCCGAAUGGCUGUUAAAACUUGGUAGUGGAACAAUACCUGGCAAGGAGGAAGAUCCUUUUAAGGGAUGUAUUGAAAUACCGCAACAGUGCAUUAUUAGAGAAAACGAAUCCAUUGUUGAAAAAAUAUUUGGAGAUGCUCAACAAGAUGAUUAUGCUAAACGUGUCAUUUUAACACCCACUAAUGUGGAUUCAUUGUCAAUCAAUGAAGAAGUGCUUGAACGUCUACAUGGAGAGGUCAAAACUUAUUUAAGUGCUGAUCAAAUAGACACUGACGAUCUUAAUGAAAUAAAUAAUUUCCCUGUUGAGUUUUUGAACAGCUUAACUCCUUCAGGUAUGCCUACUCAUUGUUUAAAAUUGAAAAUUGGUUGUGUAAUUAUGCUACUUAGAAAUUUAGAUCUUAAAGCUGGGCUAUGUAAUGGAACCCGAAUGAAAGCUUGUGCUCUCCAAAACAAUUAUAUUGAUGCAGAGGUUUUGACAGGUGUUUCUGAAGGUAAACGGGUAUUUGUUCCUCGAAUUCAGUUGGCUCCAUCAGAUUCUAAUUUACCUUUUGUUCUAAAACGUCGUCAGUUUCCUGUCACCUGUCAGAUUAGCUUAUUUGAUGACAAUCAAUUAAAGUCUAGGUCAAACAUUUGA